AAAUUGAUUUCCACAGACAAACCCUCCAAAUCGAAAAACAACUGCUUUCUAACUUUCUAAACAAAAGGGUUUGGAUUGGCUACUAUAAAUUUUGGAAGACAGCGUUGAGUCUUCAGAUAACAUCUCCAACAGCAUUAUAUUUUCAGUCACACUUUCAGAUAUAAAUAUAUAUACCCACAUAUAUAUAUAUAUAUUUCCCACCAUCUUUUUCAUCAUUAUACCUUCUUGUGUACGUGAAGAAACAGAAUAAACCCAUGUCUGCUUUGAGACUUUUCUCACUUUUCCCCUUAUAGAAUAUGUUUUCUCUCCAUUCAAAGUCCCCCCUCUUCUGUCAGAUCCGAAACUCCAAGAUUUUUCCCCCUUCAUUUAUUCACCUCAGUUUUCUGAUCUGAGAAAGACCCACCUCUCAAAAAUGCAUAUCCUGAAUUGGGUUCCAGCUCUUUUGUUCAUCUCCUCAUUCUUUGGUUUGUUUGUGGAGUCUUUGGCUCAAGCAACCCCAGUUUCCUCAGAGUCGGAUAGAGCUGCCCUUCUUGGAUUCAAGGCCAAAAUCGUCAAGGAUACAACGGAUAGUCUCUCUACUUGGAUUAGCAGGGACUGCUGCGAUGGAGGUUGGGAAGGUGUUGAGUGCAAUGGAGCUGGGAGAGUCACUGCACUCCAGUUGCAGAGACCAGAGAAAGACAGUACCCUUUACAUGAAAGGUACUCUGUCCUCUUCUCUGAGCAAUUUGCCUUUCUUGGAAGUGUUGGUUAUAAGUGGUCUGAAGCAAAUCACUGGUCCAAUUCCUCAAGGCUUCUCAAAUUUAAUUCAUCUCACUCAACUAUCUCUUGAGGACAACUCUCUCACAGGUAGUAUCCCUCCUGGGUUAGGUCGUUUGCUCCUGCUUCAGGGGCUUUCGCUGAGUGGCAACCAUUUGACUGGGGAGAUUCCAUCGAGUCUAGGGAAUCUGAGAAAUCUUCAGCAGAUGAAUUUGGCAAGAAACUCCCUCGGAGGUUCACUCCCACCCACUUUCCAAAAUAUUCAUGGUUUGCAGUACCUUGAUCUCAGUUACAAUCGACUCUGUGGGUUAGUCCCAGACUUUUUAGGUCAUUUUCAAAACAUCACCUUUCUUGACCUUUCCAAUAACCAAUUGUCAGGGCAGGUGCCCAUUUCAUUGUUUAGUUUGGCCAAGCUUCAGGACUUGUCCUUGAGCAAUAACCAGCUCAUAGGUAAAAUUCCAGUUCAAAUUGAAGGCUUGAAAUCCCUUACUAGUCUCUCACUGAGUGCAAAUAGGCUCAGUGGCAAUAUUCCUGCCUCUGUUUCAAGAUUGCAGAAUCUUUGGUACCUUAACUUGUCCAGAAAUGCACUCUCCAACCCUUUACCAGAUACAUUGGCCAGGGGCAUCCCUUCUCUUUUAUCAAUAGACCUAUCCUACAAUAAUCUCAGCUUGGGGAUUGUUCCGGAUUGGAUCAAAAGUAGACAACUUUCUGAUGUCCACUUGGCCGGUUGCCAACUCAAAGGAAUACUUCCGAGCUUCACCAGGCCAGAUUCAUUGAACUCCAUUGACUUGUCCGAUAAUCAUUUCAGUGGCGGGAUUGCAAAGUUCUUCACUAACAUGUCAAGUCUCCAAAAGCUCAAGCUAUCAAACAACCAACUCAAGUUUGAUCUUUCCGAAAUCAACUUGCCAGACGGACUCUCAAUCAUUGAUUUCAGUUCGAAUCAGAUUGUUGGACCCCUCUCAAGGAUCAUAAACAACGGGACAAGUAGCUUUUUGGAGGUUUUAGAUGUAUCCAGGAAUCUAAUUUCAGGAAAAUUCCCAGAGUUCAGAGAAGGAUUAAGGUUGAAAGCACUCAAUGUAGCAAGCAAUAAGAUCAGUGGACUACUCCCCAGUUCAGUUUCCAACCUGAUCAACCUUGAAAAGUUGGACAUUUCAAGAAAUCUCAUUACAGGCACCAUCCCCACAAGCCUAGGACUAUUGGUAAAACUUCAAUGGCUUGACCUCUCCAUCAAUGCUCUGGCAGGAAAAAUCCCAAAUAGCUUAUUGGGGAUUGAAGCUCUGAGACAUGCAAGCUUCAGAGCAAACAGAUUAUGCGGAGAGAUCCCACAAGGCAAGCCAUUUAACAUCUUCCCUGCAGCUGCUUAUGCCCACAAUCUGUGCUUAUGUGGCCAGCCCUUGGCACCUUGCAGGGGAAAGAAAUCAGCAGAGACGAGCCAGUAAGAUGCUGACUCCGUUGCUCAAAGAUAUGCUCAUGCCACAUGAGCAUUUUCACAUAUUAGUAUUAUUCCACCUAUAUAAUCUUUAUCUUUAUUCAUUUCCAUUUUUAGUUACUUCAAAAAAUAUUGUUUCCAUCAUUCUAGAGGAUA